GAGAGGGUACGAAAGAGGAAGGAAAGAGGAAGAACAGCGACCUUUUCCUUUUCUCUUUGGUUUGUCUCGGAUCAUUUCCAAGACUCCAUUUUUAUUUUUAUUUUUUCUUCUUCUUCCUUUUCCAGAAGGCGAUUGUUGGGAAGACUAGAGAUAUAGAUAGAUUAGAGAGAGAAGCUGAAGGAAUUCAAGAAAAAGCUUUCAAUUCCACAGAGAAAGACAACGAUGUCUGAGAGCUUUAUACCCCUUUCAACAAUCCAACUCUAAGAUUGGCAGGAACUGUUGGAUCGAGAGGACCCACCAUCGGCGACGGCAACGAAGGAGAUGAUGAAGAAAAUACAGAAAUGGGAGUAAUAACACAAACCAAACCUCUAUUACCUCAUCCUAACCACCCAAAUCGGAGUGCCAAAACCGCUCUCUCCUUCUCCAGCCAUCUUAAUUCCAUCACUUCUAUGUCCCAGAGCUUCCACCAAGGCAUCUUUAGUUUCUCCGAUGGUUUUGAGAGAUCGGUGCAACAGCAACAGCAACAACACAUCGCCCAGCAAAGCCGGCGGGAUAAGCUAAGAGUGCAAGGAUUUGAUCCUGCAACAGCUCCACCAUCACUAGUAUCUAUAGAUGAUGGAUCUAAUGAAUUGCCUGGCUAUGAGACCGGUAUGCUGUCGGAGAUGUUCAAUUUCCCAGCUGGUGGGCCAUCAGCAGCAGCUGAUCUUCUUGAGAAUCAGAUGGCAUCGAAUUACCGAAUACCACGGCCUUCUCCACCUAACAUUGAGUGGUAUACAAAACAGCAGCUUGUUGGCAGUGACAACCGCAGCAACCGUAGCGAAACAGGUCAUGGGAGUGUAGCCCAACAUCAUAUUUCAGGCAUGAAUGCAGAUUCAGCGGCCGCGAUGCAGCUUUUUAUCAUGAACCCACAGGCUAGAUCGCCUUCUCCUUCUCCCCCACCUUCUUCUUCUACACCACUCCAUAUGCUACUUCCUAAUCCAUCUCCACAAAUUCAAGGUUUUCAUGUGGGAGGGCAGGCAACAUUCGGUACAAGCACAAUCCAGCCGUCGCAAUUCUCGUGGCCGACGGGUGAGAACAUAGCAGGGAUCAAUAAUGGUAGCAAGAUAGGAGGAAGGGUGAUAGAGAGCCAUGGGCUUUCUUUAUCGCUGUCGUCAUCUUUGCAGCAGCUGGAGGCAGCAAAGGCUGCUGAGGGGAUGAGGAUGGAAGAUGGGGUUUUUUACUUCAAUCAAGGAGGUGGGCCAUCUCCUUCUUCAUCAUCAUAUCCAUUGAAGAAUUUGGGGAGCCACCCACAACAAGGUCAUGUGGGUUUUGGGUCAUUAGCUGUGGUGAAUGUGCUGAGGAAUUCAAAGUACAGGAGGGCAGCCCAAGAGCUGUUGGAGGAGUUUUGCAGUGUUGGGAGAGGCCAGCUGAAGAGCUCUAGGCAUGGGAAGAACAAACCCACCACAAACCCUAACCCUAAUCUUGUGGGUAGUAGUGGUGGUGGUAGUAGUAGUGCUUCUGGUGCAGGUGGGCCACAGCAACAACCAGCAUCAUCAUCAUCAAAGGAUCCCCCUCCUUUAUCACCUUCUGAUAGGUUUGAGCAUCAGAGGAGGAAGUCCAAGCUCCUAUCCAUGCAUGAUGAGGUGGAUAGAAGAUACAACCACUACUGUGAGCAGAUGCAAAUGGUAGUGAACUCAUUCGAUUCAGUGAUGGGCUUUGGAGCCGCAGCCCCAUACACAGCCCUCGCACAGAAGGCCAUGUCACGCCACUUCCGGUGCCUCAAGGAUGCAAUCGCCGCCCAGCUGAAGCACACAUGCGAUCUACUUGGUGAGAAGGAUGGUGCCGGUUCGUCAUCAGGCGUCACCAAGGGUGAGACACCAAGGCUACGGCUGCUCGAACAAAGCCUCAGACAGCAAAAAGCUUUCAAUCAGAUGGGUUUGAUGGAUCAAGAAGCUUGGCGACCUCAGCGAGGCUUGCCAGAGCGCUCUGUCAACAUCUUGAGAGCUUGGCUCUUCGAGCAUUUCCUUCACCCGUACCCUAGUGAUGCAGAUAAGCAUUUGUUGGCCAGGCAGACCGGUUUAUCGAGAAAUCAGGUUUCAAACUGGUUCAUAAAUGCGAGAGUAAGGUUGUGGAAACCCAUGGUAGAAGAGAUGUACCAACAAGAAAGCAAAGAUGAGGAACACCAAGAUGAUGAGAGAGAAAGACAGCAUCAUCAACCACAGCAGCACCAGCAACCAAAAGACAACCACAGCCAAACAGCACAAACAACAACGCCGGCACCCACAGCAGCAACCACAGCAGGCAAAAGAUCCGAAAUUAAUGCCCAUGACAACGACCAUUCACUUCAUGGAAUCAAUAGGCAUCGCUUCUCGGAAAACCAAGUGAACGGCAACGAUGACAGCAACAACAACAACAGUGAUGUGGGUCAGAUACCGAUGAAUAGUGCUGUGGCCCAUCAUGAUGAUGAUAACCCACGUGGCGUAAUGGAUGACAUGUGUAGGAUAAGUGUGGCAGGGGAUUUUGGGACCACCACUGUGGGGAGUGGGCCACCUUUAGGGUCGACACGUGUCAGGUUUGGGACCACUGGUGACGUGUCGCUUACGUUGGGGCUUAGGCAUGCUGGGAACAUGCCUGAAAAGAGCCGCUUUUCCAUUCGAGAUUUUGGAGGGUGUUAGCUUCAAAAAAAUAGGGUGAAGAAAUAUCAAAGAAAAACCCUUUUUUCUUUUUUUGUCUUUUUUUUUCUUAUAUUCUCUUAUCUCCUUAUCUUUAUGAGGCCGGAUCCACUACAAAGCUUUGUAGGUUUGGUUUAGACUAUAAUUGAUGUUUGGGCCUACCAUGAUGUGUUCAUGACAUCCAGUCCGUCCAUCGUGUGAUUCUCCUCUUGUUAUUUACGGAAGACAAAAAUCAGGCCGUUAUUCGUCUGGGCCAUAGAACAGGAACAGUUGGGAUGUGGAUGGCCACCAUUAAAAACCUUUCGGAUUGUGUUUGAUGCCGUGCUAGUAUAUAUUCCAUCAAAUCCGUUUGGAAGGUGCGGCCCAUCAGGAUAAAUGGACACCCAAAAGUCAGGCCGAUCCAGACCUCAUGUGGGCCCCACCAAAUGAUUUUAGAGGUUUUAGGCAUGAUUUUUCAUAGUGUGGCUUACCUGAGUUUUUUAUUUUGACUGUUUUUCGGGGAGCAGGGAUAAAAGGGCAGACAAACAUGAUGGACGGAUUGGAUGUUCAUGAACACAUCACGGUGGGCCCCACACGUCCCAUUGUAGUUUAUACCUAACCUAGAAAAGCUUUCUAGUGGAUCCGGCUUCUUUAUCUUUAUCUUUCUUCUGUUUUUUUUUAUCCUUUUUAAUUUUUGCAACUCUGAGAAAAUAUUAAAUGAAAAAUGUCUGAAAUCUACUAAAUGUAUAGUAGCCUAUUUACUCUUUCUUCUUC